UUUGCAAUACUGAAGGAUGGCUCAACUUCUCCUAAGCACAAAAACUGGAACCAUGCUAUUGCUUUUCCUUCUACUGAAGCUGGUUCAGAGCUCUGAUGAAAAUAUGAAUUUUAAGCAAGACAUGGAGCCCAUUUCAGCUGAGGCAGGUAAAUCUCUGACACUCUCGUGUUCUUCACUUCAACAAAGUCUACUAGAUCAUGGCAUCUAUUGGUUCAGACUGAAGCAUGGAAGGAUACCAGAAACAGUACUUAUUUCUAACAGCUUAGGAACUGAAAAAUAUAACAUGGAUAGGGCUCAUUUCAAAAGCAGUAAGAAGCCAACAGAAUACAAACUGAUAAUCAAUAAUUUUAAUUCUGGACUCGUUGGAAUUUAUUACUGUAUGACAAACUUAAAUAACAUGAUGUAUUUUGGAGGAGGCACAAGCAUAUUAAUAAAAGAGUUGAAGGCAGCUACUACUAUUAAGACUCCAACAACAACAGCCUUUGAAAAACAAUCAAACAGCACAAAUAAACCGGAUUGCUUCUGUACCACCAAAAAAGCCCAUGAUGCCACUGGUUUCAAGCCUGGGUUGAAGUGUAGCAUAGCCAUUUUUGCCCCUCUGGCCGUCGGGUGCAUUGUUCUUCUAAUUCUUCUCAUCACCAGCAUUGCAGUAUGCAACAGUAUCCGAACUAGGCACUGUCCUCACCAUUACAAAAGAAGACUCAGAAAACUGAAUUCAGGCCAGUAUGUCUAAGUUGCUCUAUGCAAGAGAUGUGAUUUUAAAGAUCUGCUACAGGAUCAAAAAGCCAAUGCUCUUCCUACUCCAGUUCAAAGGACAACACAAAGAGCAGCUAUGAGAAACCCUUUAUUUCUAGUUUCUUUCUAUUUCUGUUUUCUUUCAGCCAGACAGUGUUUCAUAGUUUAUUAUAGCUUCUAUACAAAAUGUUUACCUCAUAAUGGAUACUUAUUAUACUAAAAGAGGCUUGUACAUACAGUAGAGUGUUGUUAAGCUAAGGAACAAAAAAUAUAACAAGAAAUAAAAUAUUUUCUUUACAUUUUUUUUUACCUUUCCUUUUAGGCAAAACAUUAUACUGAGCUGUAAUUCUAUGGUUAAAUUAUUCUGUUAUUAGUGUACUUUGCCAUUUUUUGUUUAAAAGUGCAUAUUAAAAUAAAGACCUUUUUUAUUGCAAGAAUAAACUACUCUGAUAUUUGUCUGGAGUCUGUAUGUACUGAAAACAAUAAACAAUGCAGUAUCAUUACCAUAAUGAACAA